AUGGUGGGCGCUACAGGCGCGGAAAAAGAUAGGGACGGUGGCGUCUCCCGAGUGUGGAUUCGACGCCUGGUUGGGACGGUUGGCGCAAGCGGCCCGGAACUCAGUUCUGAAGAGUGCUUAGAGCGGGGCACUUUAAGGCUAAGGGGUGGUGGUUCGCCAACGCGAGAUUCUAAGGGACGGUUCACUCGUGGAUCAGCCACUAAGAAUGCUCAAGAGGAAGCAACGAGGUCGACGGCGCCUCCAUCGGAUGCUGAGAUAUCGGAGACCUCAUCAAGUGCAGGGACCCGGAGUCGACCUAAUAGCAGGCAAAACAGGAGGAAAAAAGAUAAAAAGAAGGAUAAAGGAGAGGGUACCAGAACAGGUGAAGAAAAGAAUGACGGAAAGAGGGGGAAAUCUUGUUUAAGCAAGGAAAAUAACGGGGAAAACUCUGGUGACGAGUCAGAAAAGGAAGGAGAUAGGGGAUACAUGGGGGGAAGAGGGGUUGAUUCACGCUCACCCUCUCCGACAAUUUCCCCAGAUAACAGACCCAGAUUCCGAUUCUGGACGGCAGAGGACGACGAGAAGCGCUUAUCAGGGGCCUCCUCAAACGACGAAGACAGCCCAGAGGAGGAUGUCGCGCUUAUGGAUAUACAGGAGGCUAACCUGAAAAGGCCGAAACGCAACAGUGACGAAGACGCUCCUGAACGAAAAAAGAGCACUGCUAAAAGAGGUCAGGCAAAGGGGGCCUAUGUUGGCCUCCAUGAGGCAAAAGCCCGCCUACAGGAGAUGGAGUAUGAAGAGUUGGAGAGGGAGCCCGGAAAGGACUCCAACUACACUCCACACAAGACACGUGGGGGUGCCUCGCAGUUGGUACCGCCGGAUGCAACAGCCCAGAGACCCAGCGCUGACGAAGAGCAGAGUAACAGCGCUAGGGGAGACCCUGUGGCACUGGUGCGACGCUGCGCAAAAACGGUAAUGGAGGAGGCGGCGAAAAGCAGCAACCUAAAAGGAAGCGUAUGGGGCAGCAUUAACAGAGCUUGUAGGGAAUUGAUGGACGUAGCGGACUCCUUAGAAGAGACGGAGAUUGUCCGCUCCUUAAGAGCGGACAACAAGAGAAUGAGAGAGCAGCUAGCACAACUCCAGAUCGAGACCAAAGCGCUGCGAAGAGCGUUCUCGGAGCGACAAUCACUGGCUCCGAGUCUUCCCGCGGAGCCCACUGGGGAGAUUAAUAUGACAAAGUUGAUGCAGGAGAUGACCGCUUUAAUGGAUGCAAGCCUGGGGAAACUCAAAAGGGAGAUGCUCGUUACCUUAGGGGAAAAACUCAACGCUCGCAUAGAAGGCAUUGAACAUCGCCUUUUGCCUGAAACCAUCCUGCGGCCUCCACUGGCCUCCGAUAAGAGGAUGCACCAGGACCUGGAAGGGACGGAACACCAACCCGAUGAGCCUAGCGCCCCCAGAAAGAAUAAGAAAAACAAGGGGGCAUCUCAGCCGGUCUCCCAAACGGCGUCUAAACAAACACCAGGGGUGGCCCCCCGAGUGGCGGAAAAGCCGCAGCUGCCGCCGACACCGGCUGGACAGGGCAGAACCAGACCUAUACCUGCGCCUAGGGUCAAAAAAUCCCAACCGGCGGUCCCUACUAAUAGGGCACAAAGAGAACCGGCUCGUCCGAAUGUUCCGCCGCCUGCGCCCCCACCGGAAAAGUGGACCACGGUGGUCAAGAAGAGCAAGGGCAAGGGCAAGGGCCCAGCUCCGAAACAAACGACGGCUCCAAAACUAGUAGUCCCAGCUAUGGCGGCGGUCGUGGUAGUUCUUAAGCCUGAUGCUCAAACAGACUACAGAUCGGUCAUGGAAAGGGCUACCACGCUAAAACUGGCGGAACUUGGGGUGGAUUACCUCAAAGUGCGCAAGUCGGCCACAGGGGCGCGAAUUAUUGAGGUUCCUGGAGCGCAGAGCAGUCAGGCUGCCGACAACCUGGUGGAUCGGCUCCGCGAUCUAGUGGGCAACGUGGCUGAAGUAUACCGGCCAGUCAAAAAGGCCGAAAUAAGGAUCUCCGGCUUUGACGAGUCCGUCACCCCGGAGAUCCUAAAAAAAAGAGGUUGCCGCCAGCGGCAAAUGCCAGGAGGAACAGGUGACGGUUGGAACAAUAAGAACGGCACGUAG